AUGUGUUCAAAACCCGUCAUGAAAACCCUCGAGUUCGUGUUCAAACAGAUCGAAGGCGAUCUCCGAUCCGAUCAGAUACCAUCUUCAUCGGCGUCUGAUUCAAUUUCACCUGUGUUUGUGAGUGUCGUCCUUGUUUUGUUAAUUAUAAUGGGGAAAUACGUUGAGAUAUUGGAUUUAGGGGUGAGAAUGGCUGCUAGAUUUCAUUCUCACUGUCCUCAAACUGCCCGGUUGUACUACCAUCCUCCUUCAAACUCCGUAGACAGCAGCUGUAGAUCUCACGCGCCACAAGCACUUGAAGAAUCCGGCAAAAUCAGACGGUUUCAGGCGAGCAUGAGCUUCAAUACUAGAGAGAUUAUUUUUUCUUCCGCGAUGUAA